CCGUUGUUUUCAAAUUUUGUUUGUUGUGAUCUUUUAAUUUUGUAAUUUGUUCAGAUUGUUAUUAUUCUAGAACAAAAACAUUAUUUCAAUAUUGUUAAAAUUACUAUAAAUUCUCCAAUUAUCAAAAGGCCAUAAAGUCCUCGGGUACUAAUAAAUGAAUAAGCUGUCAUGAAAAAGUUCGGUAAAGAUCCAGCUGUAAAAAAGACACUUUUACGGAACUAUGAAAGACCUGUUACUAAAUAUAAUUUAGCUGUAUUUGAGAGUCUUCCAAGUAGUUCAAAGACUAAUAGAACAAAGGAACAACUAACACAGGAGAAAGCUUGUGAUUUGGACCAGCCAACACUGUGUUCUAGUGAGACUCUCGCAAAUUAUUUAAAUUAUACCAAAAAUAGUCUGCCAACACAAGUUCUGCCGGAUUUGGAGACCAAUAAAGAUGAACUUUGUACUCAGGUAACAAAAAAACUGAAUUUUCACUUCAAUGACAGAAUAUACAAGAAUUUAGUGGAAUUAAAUACCAGCGUUGAGAAACCUAAGAUCACCAAAAGACCAUUAAAAACGAAGUUAACUCCAAAGAAGGAUCUCGAGCCAAAUAUAGAAGAUUUCUGUGAUGAUCAGAAAUUUGAUGACUUGCUCCCUGAUAUACAAAUACUGAAACCCAAAGUAACCAAAGUCCGUCCAGUGGAAAAUGGAGAUCUGCACAAACUUGUAGCAAAAUUUGAAAAUUUAUGACAUUUGCUUAUAUUUUCUUU